CCUCUCUAUCAGAUCAUAGAACAAAGCUACAAUGAAUCUUACAUCAGCCGGCACAGUCCCGAGUCGCAGUCCAUCGAUGUCGGCCUGCAGCGGACCUUGUGGUCUCUCUCGGUGGCCAUUUUCUCCAUCGGCGGCAUGGCGUCCUCUCUGAGUGUCGGCGUGGUGUCUCAGUGGCUGGGACGGAAGAAAGCCAUGAUCGUCAACAACAUCUUCGCCUUCAUUGGUGGGACGAUGAUGGGACUGUGUCAGGUCAGCCAAUCGUAUGAGAUGAUGAUCCUGGGGAGGUUCCUCAUUGGAGCAUAUUCAGGUCUGGCCUCCGGGUUGGUUCCAAUGUAUGUAGGAGAGAUUUCCCCGACACACCUCCGAGGGGCGAUGGGCACCCUCCACCAGCUCUCAUUGGUCAUCGGUAUUCUGGUGGCUCAGGUUCUGGGUCUGGAUGUGUUCCUGGGCACAAAGUCUCGGUGGCCGGUCCUCUUCUGGGUGACUCUAAUCCCAGCUGCGCUCCAGUCAGUGUUGCUGCCAUUCUGCCCAGAGAGCCCCCGCUUCCUGUACAUUGUGUGCGAGCAGGAGGGACAGGCCAAGACCAGUCUGCGGCGUCUCACCGGCCUCAGGGAAGUACCGGACGCGGUUUCGGAGAUGAAGGAAGAGAAGAGACGGAUGGACACGGAGCAGAAGGUCUCCAUCCUGCAGAUCUUCAGAUCCAGAACCUACCGGCAACCCAUCAUCGUGGCCAUAAUCCUCCAACUGUCCCAACAACUUUCCGGCAUCAAUGCGAUCUUCUAUUACUCCACCGAUAUCUUCUCUAAAGCCGGAGUGGAUCAGCCAAUCUACGCCACCAUUGGAGCCGGCAUCGUCAACACGGCAUUUACGGUGGUGUCGCUAUUCCUCGUGGAGAGGGCGGGAAGACGGACCUUGCACCUGGUGGGCCUAGCGGGAAUGAUCGUGUGCGCCUUACUAAUGACGGUGGCCAUGGUGUUACAGGAGACCGUCCCCGCCAUCAGCUCCCUCAGCAUGGCCGCUAUCUUUGGAUUUGUGGCGUUCUUCGAGGUCGGCCCCGGUCCCAUUCCUUGGUUUAUUGUGGCGGAACUCUUCAGUCAAGGUCCUCGGCCUGCGGCCAUGGCCAUCGCUGGAUGCACCAACUGGACCUCAAACUUCAUCAUCGGGAUGAGCUUCCCGUACAUUGCGGACCUCUGCGGGCCGUACGUCUUCCUCCUCUUCGCCGCCAUCUUGUUGACGUUCUUCAUCUUCACGUAUCUCCGCGUCCCGGAGACCCGCGGUCGGUCGUUCGAUGAAAUCGCUCACGCGUUUCGCAGGAGGAACCCCUCGCUGCUGGACAAUGAGGUGAAGGCCAGCACGGAGCUGGAGAGUCUGGGGGGAGGGGACGACGCAUGA